AUGCUCCCUGCCAUUGGCCACUAUGGCAGCCAAAUUCAAACUAAUACAGGUCCUGUAGGCGAAACUUUGGAUGAAAUGCGACAGCGACUUCUACAAAAGAGGAAUGAUCAAGAACUCAUUGAACAAAAUCAAGAAAGUAUGGCAGAGGCUCGACGAUCGAAACUUGUAAUGCGUUCAGAAGAUGGUGGUGGUCAACGCUAUCCGGAAAAGGUUAUUCUACUUGCAAAAGUAGAUGGCUAUGUGACAGAUUUCUCUGGCUGGAAUUAUGUGUUCACAGACAAUAAGAAAUAUGCGCAUGAAACAUUCGAUUUAUUUUUCAACCUACUAAGUUCAACAUCAAUUUUGAAUGAUUUACAAAAUCAAGAAAUUGAUAAACCAAAACGAAACGCGUAUCCUAUAAUAUUUUCUAUCGUUCAAACCGUGUGCAGGAGUUUAAUGAGUUUUACCGUGUUUACAGAUAGUGAUUUUGAUUCUUAUAUACCGCUCCUUGAAGCAUGUAUCACAUAUAUCAGUCGUGAUUUUGAAUCGUUGGACACAACCAUGAACGAUCAACUUCAGUCAUUGACUAGCAACGAUGAUCCAGAUCACUCUCUUCCGUCCGGGCUUCAAGACAUAUUGACGCUUCCACUAAAUGCAUUGAUAACCAAUACUAUAUUAGUUUUAAUUAAUACCUUGGCCGAUAAAACCGUUCUUGUUCCACUUUUUGUUAAGACGGGAUAUCCAAAAGCUGUCACGCAUGAUAUUGGUGCCGAUACUCUAAAUAUGAAUGAUGCACUAUCAGCGUUACAAACAUUUAAAGAAAAUAUUCUAGACAAGCGAAGAGAUUCUCAAAUCGAAAGUCAAGGUCUGGACACAAGUUUAGUGUAUUCUAUGACAGUUGCACUUUUAUCUGAUCCAGAACAAAUUAAAAAAGGUUUUAGAACAAUGAACACAACACUUGAUCAAUUGCUACGAAUGGUGAUUGAAACAGCUAUAAUCGAAGAAUAUUGCGGUUAUCAUUUAUCGGAACCACUUGUUGUAUUAACAAAAUUAUUUAUGAAUGAUGAUGUUGUUGAUUAUGUACUUAAGCAUGCACAAGUUGAAAAAGACGACAACAAAAAUAAAUCGAAUCUACAAAUAUUUUGCGAUACGUUAAUAUUCCACACAGACAUGCUAAAUAACGAGAAACACGACAGCGCCAGUUCCAAUGACAGUGGCAGCGAAACUAAAAAUGAAGACGAAAAUGAAAAGAAUCCUAUGUUGAAACAGUUAAUAAGAAUUGCCUUAUGUAAUCUGUUGUGGAGUGUUUCAUUUCAUAAUCAGUAUAAGAACGAAAUGAGAGAAAAUGAUGGAUUUAUGAAUACUGUUAAAUAUUUAGCUGCAAAUGGGGAAGUUUCACUUCAACAAUUCGUACCAAAACAUCUGUCAAGUAUAAAGAAAGCAGCUGAUGGCAUAUUGUGGAACUUAAACGAAUCAAUCCCAGGUGCAAAACCAAAAAGCUUUCAAAAAAGUACUCCGGAAAACACAGCAACAACGAAUAUCAGCAAGACACCAUUGGUAAUGAUCAGCUAUUCGCAUGAGGACGAUACCUUUUGUAGAAAUCUCGACCAUGCAUUAAUAGAAAAUGCUCAACUUGAUGCAUGGACUGAUUAUAAGGAUAAUGAUGUUCAAUUACAAAAAGACGUUUCACAUACAGAUAAUUUAUGGGAAAAUAUCGCAAAUGUAAUGGAAGCAUCGGAUAUCAUUCUUUUAUUAAUAACAAAAGAUUACUUUAAUAGUAAUUCAUGCCGACAAGAAGCUGAAUAUCCUAAAUAUCCAUUGAAAAAGCGUAUUAUCCCAAUCUAUUUAACAAACGACUACGAAGCACGAGGAUGGCUUGGAAUUAUGAUUGCUGGACAAAAACAUAUUCGAUUCGGUAGAAAAACGUUUGAUUCAACGAUAAUAGAAUUGAUUAAACGAAUUACGGAUUGUGUACCAGCGAAAACAACGAUACAAAAUCGAGCAGAAAGCGCUCGAGUGACUACAUGUGCCUCCAGACAACAACAGCCACGAAAAUCAGUCGAUCACUGGACAUUAGAAGACAUUAAUCACUGGUUUAGUCUGAAUCAUAUUCAACCAGAAUUACGUUCAUUAUUUACACUUCCGACUGGAACGGCCAUGGUCCGUUAUGCUGAUUACUUAAAAUGCAAUGAUAAGAAAGAAUAUGAAGCAAAAUGUACAAAAUUCGAAGAUAAAUAUCAUAAAAAAUUAGAUGCUGAUCAGUUUUUUAUCUUUGAAGAUGCCUUGUGUCAGCUAAGUGAUGAAUAUGGAAAGAUGAGACAACCGUCAGGACAGGAACUAACACCUCCAGAUCAUCCACAACCGUCACAACAACGUCAACAGCCAAAUCUGAGAACUUCACGAUUCUGUAUAAUCAUAUAG